AUGAAGUUCUCCUUCGCCGUCGUUGCCUCCCUCUUCAUCGCAGCUCAGGCUGUUGCUCUCCCCGCCGAGGUCAAGGAGGUCGAGGCUGCUGAUGCCGCUCCUCGUUGCCCCAACUCCUGGAACGCCGUACCUUUGUACCGUGCCUUCAGCCGCUCGGUCACCGACCACUUCUACACAACCAACGCAGUUGAGGUUCAGAACGCCGGCGGCUACGAGACCGAGGGCAAGGCUGGCCGUGUUUUCCCCAGCCCGGCCCAUUCAACUGUUCCAUUCUACCGCCUCUACAACCCGUCCCGCCCCAACCACUUUUACACCACCAACCAGUUGGAAGCCAAUAAUGCCGCCAACACACUCGGCUACACACACGAGGGCGUUGCUGGUUACAUCUUCAGCACUCAAACUUGCGGGGCCGUCCCAUUGUAUCGUCUGUACCACGGUGGCUCCGUCGACCACUUCUACACCACCAACUGGAACGAACGCAAUAACGCCAUCACGAACCUCGGCUACUCGGACGAGGGUGUUGCUGGAUACAUCCUCCAGUAA